AUGGACGUGAAACUGGGCACCAUCAUCAGCCGCUUCACCUUCACCCUUCCCAGUCUCUACGAUGAUGGCCGUGACGACUACGACGCCACGGUGUCCUCUCCAGACGACGCAGCCACCGAGGAGAGCUGUGGCGUUGCGUUCACCAGCGGUACACAUUGUGAUGAAGCCCGAAAGACCCCAAAGACGACGCAGGCCGGCUCGAGAUCGCACGUCGCGCGGUUCGGCGCGCCAGCGUCACCGACGGAGAAGCUGGACAUCACAGGCGCAUACGCGUUUGUGAGUCACGGCGGGGCUGCAUCGUCCGCGUCGCUGGCCGCACCAUCGUCACCACCACCUCUUCUCGGUCGUGCUGCUGCCCGCGGCGACCGCAACAACAGCACCGUCGCGGCACCUCAGCACGACGUUGGGGACCGCGGGGGUGGCGCUGUGCGGUAUGGUACGUCGCUGCACCUACCGGACCUUGUGCAGCUGGCGGCGCAUGCUUGGAACGUGGAGCUUCACUGCGGAUCGACGGGUGCUGCGAGUCACUGCGUGCUGCGGCUGCCCCCGUUUGUCCUCGGCAGCACCCUCUACCGCGGCCCGGUGGUGUAUGUGCUGGCAUCUGGGGUGGUGCGCAUGGCGACGCACGGCAGCGUGGCUGCAACGGAGCUGCUCGCCCGGCGCGUCCGUGACGCGCUGCACGAGGCCUGCAAACCGUUGGCAGUGCGCAGAGCAGCCCGGGAGGAACUGCUCUUGAUGCGGGCAGUGCUGGAAGACUCUCUCUCGGACAUGCUGGAGGACGAAGGCGGCGAAGAGGGGCCUGCGCGACACCUCUGCACUGCUGUGCUCAAAGCCGAGGCGAGGCUACCUAGCAGCGGCGUGUCUCUGUCAACCGCACUGGCCGCAGAUACGGCGAUGAGCAGUCAACACGGGCGCAGGGCCGCCUUUGGAUCUUCGGCUGCUGCUGCUCGAAUAGGGCCCAUGGCACGUGACAAGGCGGGGCACGGUCUCCCAACGCUCGUCUCAACUCCAUCAGUGCUCUCUGCGAGGGGGUGCAAGAUCGACUUUUUACAAGCGGUGGCGACCCCGCGCUGGGACGAGAUCGUCGGCCUGCGUGCCUCGCUCUUCGCGCCAGCCUCAGCAGCCCCUGGCAGUGAGAACAGCGGCGGCGGCGGCGUGGCUAAGGCGGAUCGGGACGCCGAAGGAGCCCCCCGCGUAUCGGUGCGGCGCGCGAGUGUAAACGUUCGCGGUGAUGCGCCGAUGGAGUGGUGGCGGUGGUACCUCGGUGUGCAGGCCGACGAUCACGGCGUGGGUGGAGGCGAUGGCAGUGGCGCUGCCCGCCGUGGGGGAGGCGCCCCGUCGGCUGCUGCCGCGAAUUCGGAGGAACCCUUUCCAGGAGAUUGUAGUGGGGUGCCACUGCUGGGGUCCUGGCUCAGCGGCGAUGCCUCCGAAGGAGGCAACGCAGAUGCUCGCAGUUCCAACAAGACGACGGGCUUCUGGACCUGCGCUGGGUACGCGGACGCAUCUCCGGAGAAUGCCGCGAGCUUUGUGCACUUCCUGCAGCGGCGACGAGCGUUGUUGGCACACCACGUCGCCUCCUUCAAGCUGCGCCGACAAGCCACCCAGAAUAGCCUUCAAAUCCUGCUGGACUGGCGAACAGCCACCCCGCCGACACCACCAGCACCACCAGCGCCUCUCUCUGCAGCAGCGGCGCCGCUCAUGGGACGCCCUCCACUCGCUCGAGCGUUGGUGGGGCAUCCGAUGGCAGUGGCACAACCGCUGCCUGACUCCGGCACGCCAUCGGUGCCUGCUGCUCCGACCAGGACCAACAUCAGUGGCAACACUUGGGUGACGGAGGCGAGCGCGGCAAACUUCUUCAUGGAGUCGACCUUCAUUGCCGAGUCUGCGGCGCCGUUUGAACUGGAGAGUGUGCGGAUGCCAACGGACAGGAUGUCAUCCGCCGACCCCGCGCUGCCGGUGAGCAUGGCUUUGGGCGACAGGAACGUGGCAAACCCUUGUGGCAGCACGGCUCUCGCGCCGGACAGUGGUUGUGGCAGCAUGUCUGCGUUGCUCGAACCCAGCGUAGGCCACUCCGUGCUGCGCUACGACAGCAGCAGCAGCAAGGACGACAGGACCGCGGCCAAGGCAGCACCCGAAAAACGCAUGCGCGGAGUUGCAGCAGCCCAGGCAUCGGCGGCAAACAGAGAUGAGGCGGCGUCUGCGGCGAUGGAGCAUGUCACGUGCCUUAUCCACCGCACUGGCCGUGUGCAGAUGACCGCCGCUUCGGAGCUGGCGCUGCGGCAGAUGUGUGCCAUGCUGCUCAUUCCUUUCUUGGUGGCCACGGCGGAGGUGGAGCUGUGA